AGAGGAAGUGUUUCCAAUCUCCGGUUUCAGCUUAAAGCUCAGUGAAGUCCGUUACUUUGUAAACUGAAAGAAGACCUGUUUGGAAAGCUUGGAAGUUUUUCCUCCCCUGAGACACGGGGCUUCGAUCUCAGGUGCAAUGUCAUUUCUUGCAGGGGUUUUGUGUCUGCUUCUGCUUCAGUUCUUGGUGCCCACUGCUCAAGGUGUUCGGUGUGACAAGAACUGUCUUAAUGGUGGUCAGUGUGUCGUGAGUACAAACAUCGCUACCUGCCAAUGCAGGCCUGAAUAUAUUGGGGAAUUUUGUCAGCAUCCUAACCCCUGCUCUGCUGGCCCAUCUCCAUGUGCAAACAGUGGAACGUGUUUGCCUUCCUACCCAAAUGCUGCUUCUUCAUCUAACUUCACUUGUGUCUGUGCGCCUGGAUGGACAGGAUCUCUGUGCACCAUUAACAUCCACCAAAGUGAGUGUCCGCUUCCAAGUCCAUGUCACCAGGGUGCCACCUGCAUCAAUAACUUGGGUCAAUUUACCUGUCAUUGCCCUCCUGAAAAAACUGGUCUGAGGUGCGACGUAGACAAUGCCUGCCUUUCCAGGCCAUGCCAUGAAGAUGCCUCCUGUAACAUCAAUCUUGUGACCGGUGAGGCUGUCUGCAUCUGUCGUAGCGGCUUCACUGGAGCAGACUGCAGGAUGGACCUGGACGAGUGCAAUAUGGGACUAGAACCCUGCGAGCACGGAGGCAGUUGUGAAAAUACAAUUGGCUCAUUUGUGUGCAGAUGUCCCCCUAGCUACACCGGCCCACGCUGUGACAGAUACAUCAACAUGUGUGAGUCUAAGCCAUGCCAGAAUGGCGGCAGCUGUAUUGAUCUGAUGGGACAGUAUAUCUGCAACUGUCAGCCAGGUUUCACAGGACGGCAAUGUGAAACAAAAGAUUUAUGUGCCAGUAAUCCUUGUGUUUUUGGAACCUGCGUGGUAAAACUGAGUGAGGUCUCCUGCCUGUGCCAAGUUGGUUAUACCGGACAGCUCUGCAAUAUCAGCAUUGAUCCCUGCCACAGCACACCCUGUGCCAAUGCAGGACUUUGCAAAGAUCUGGGAAAUCAGAAAUAUGAGUGUGCAUGCCAGCCUGGAACUUCAGGUCCCCAGUGUGAAAUCAUCAUUGACAGCUGUGAUUCACAUCCAUGUGCCAAUGGAGGUAGCUGUGGGAGCAGAGUAGGUGGGUUUGAGUGCUCCUGUCUGGAAGGCUACUCGGGGACCCUGUGUGAAGAACAGCUGGACCAGUGCAAGCUCAACCCAUGUCAGAAUAGUGGACAGUGUUCACUUGUCAAAGGAGUCCGCAAGUGUACAUGUCCAGAAGGCUACUCCGGUGAUAGCUGCGAAGAUGUGCAGGAGCUGGAUGCUUGUUCUAGUUCCCCUUGCAAGAAUGGAGGGACUUGUCGACUUGAUGGAAAUGCAGGCUACCUGUGUGAGUGCAGCACUGGUUAUGGCGGAACAAACUGUGAAGAAACAAGACCACAGUGCAGUGCCAGCUCAUGUCUAAAUGGCGGCCAGUGUUAUCCGACUUUGACGGCAGUGACUUGCCAAUGUCCUCCAGCAUUCACUGGAGAGAGAUGUCAGUUUGAAGUGACUCCAUGUAUGUCCAGUCCUUGCCUGAACAUGGGCACCUGCAUAAACACCCCUGGGGAAUCCUACAUAUGCCAGUGUGUGUCUGGCUACAUUGGAAGCCACUGUCAGACUCAUGUUUCAAUCUGUGGUGGCAUCCAGUGCAAAAAUGGUGGACACUGUGUAAACCAUAAUGGCACCCUCUACUGUGAGUGCCCACCUGACUGGGGAGGUCCCGAGUGUAAUAUCAUCAGAGAAGGCUGUGAUUGGGUGGCUAAACAAAAAGGACUGAAUCGAGACACUGUUUGCCAAAAUGGUGGCCUCUGCAUUGAUACUAUUAUGUCACAUUACUGCCAGUGUCCAGAAGGUUAUCAGGGCAGCUACUGCGAGGAGCGCAUUGAUCCGUGUUUGAAGAAGCCAUGUUAUAAUGAUGGCGUGUGUACAUCACUGGGAGGCCUAAGGUACACCUGCAGGUGUCCUCGUGGUUUUACGGGCACAGACUGCUCCAUUGAUAUUGAUGAAUGUGCUUCGCAUCCCUGCAUGAAUGGUGGCACCUGCUUAAACCUCAUUGACCACUUCCGCUGCAAUUGUCCAAAUGGCACCCAAGGCUCUUACUGUGAAGUCAAUCAUGAUGACUGUCUGCCACAGGCUGAACCCCUCUGUUACCAUGGGGGAUCUUGUGUUGACAAAGUUGGAGGUUAUGAAUGUGCCUGUCCAGCGGGAUAUGUAGGACUGCGCUGUGAAGGAGAUAUAAAUGAGUGCUUAUCCAACCCAUGUCAAAAACCUGGAACCCGGCAGUGUGUACCUGGAAACAACCAGUACCAGUGUUCAUGUAACCCAGGCUAUACAGGUUAUCACUGUGAGAUCCAGAUUGACUUCUGUUCAUCAGCACCUUGUCAGAAUGGAGGAGUGUGUAAAGUGACUCCAGCCAUGCCCUUCGGCUUCACCUGCCUUUGUGCGGAGGGCUAUAGUGGUCCCACCUGCAAGGAUGUAACACUAGAGGACCCCCCAACAUCCUGCCAGUUUAACUCUUGUCUCAAUGGGGGCACCUGUCUUAGUCUGGGGGCACCGUCUAAACCGCAUCCUCUAGUCCGUUGCUUGUGUGCUCCAAUGUACACGGGAACUCGGUGCCGCACUCGGUUGAUGGGGCCUCCUCAAAGAUCCCAUGAAGACCAAUUACAUCAUAAGACUAAUAGCUCCAAUGCUCAAAGGAACUCUGGUGACCCAUGGAUAAUGUGCCCUCAGGCUAAGGUUUGCCAGAAGAAAUUUCGAGAUGGAACAUGUGACCAUGUAUGCUCCAGCCUCGAAUGUCUCCUGGAUGGGUUUGACUGCCAUCCAAAUGAAGGACUUUGCGAAUCCAAAUAUCACCACUACUGCCAAGAUCACUACAGCAAUGGGAAGUGUGAACAGGGAUGCAGGAAGGCAAACUGUGGCUGGGAUGGUGUGGACUGUUUUUCGGAAGUCUUCCCUUAUUCUGCAGAUGGAAUGCUACUGCUUGUAGUUCCCAUUCCAGUACAAGAUAUCAGGGAUCGAAAUAUCAGUUUCCUCUGGGCUCUUGCCACAGUGCUUAGGACAUCCAUCAUCCUCCAUGGUCUACACCCAUUUGAUCUGCACCAUGACCUGAACAGUCUCACCCAGUCAGACCUCAAUAACACAGAUGAUUUUGCCUUAACUCCAAAGUCAAUACCAUUUCCAAAAAACUAUGCCACUGGGUCCCUGGCUCUACUGGAGAUUGACAACAGGCCCUGCUCCCAAAAUUCACAUUUCUGCUUCCCAACUGCCAGUCUGGUGGCCAGAUUUCUGAUGGCAGUGAAUUCGCAGAGAGGAAGUCAGGUUCCAGUCUUACCCUUCCCUGUGAGUGCAGCAAGAGGAAUAAACUGGCAUUACAAUAGACAAGGAGGCCCACAAGUGUCAAACAACAAAAAAGACACUUCAACUCAAGGAAGUGAAAUGCCCUGGAUAUUAAUUGGUGUAGCCCUGGCAUCUGGUUUCGUGGUCUUAGUGGCAAUGAUCGCAUUGGGAGUAAGAGUCGUUGCCCUUUGCCAAAAGAAGCAACAUAAGGAGAAGGACAAAGAACAGACGAGGUGUAAGCACAGGUCCAAGAAGCAAGGCAAGCAUUGUCGACGCCAGCGCAGAGAGCCUCUAGGAGAGGAUGCCAUUGGCAUGAAGCCUCUUAGACGGCAGCCCAACUGUGGGGAUGACACUGAUGUUACCCAGAGUUCCAUGGAUGAGUCAUCCAUAACGGCGACAUUGAAUGACGAAGAAGACUUCAGCUCCAUCCGAGAUCAUCGACCGCUGCAGCACAAGAUUUACAGUGCAAAGCAAUCACGACCUCAGUCACCAGUCAAAAGUUGCAACACAGAAAUGAAAGAGUUAAAAAAACUAGGAGAGCCUCCAAAAGCCACCAAUAACCUGACCAAGCGGUCCAAUGUCAAACCGAAUGAAUCUGCAGACCGAGGUUCACUGCAUGCAGCCAUCUCUUCUGGCUCAGUUCCAUUGUGUCUCACUCUUUUGCAGAAGGGCGUGCCAGAUUUGAAUGCUGAGGGGCCAGACGGGGCUACACCACUGAUUCUGGCUGUAAGGCUAUGCAUGAAUGACGUGGUGUCCCAGCUACUGAGUGCCGGGGCUGAAGUGAAUGCAGCUGACCACCGAGGUCGCACAGCUCUACACUGGGCCUCGGCAGUUAAUAACUUGCCUGCUGCUCGCUACUUGGUGGGAAAGGCAGCUGUCAUCGACCUGCAGGAUUCCAAGGGGGAAACAGCUCUCUUCUUGGCUGCCAGAGAGGGAAGUUAUGACACAGCAAAGUUUCUCCUCCAGAAAGGAGCCAAUCAAGAGCUGCCAAACUAUUAUGGAUGGCGACCUCGUCAUGUAGCUCAGGAGCGGUCCCAUCAUGACAUCCUUAAGCUGCUUCUUGUUGCUUCUGCUGGGCAUGUCCUUAAUACAAAGGGUUCAAUGAAUAACAACAAGAACAGAAAGGAUCCACGGUAUGGAGUUUAUGGAGGACCUGGGCCAUGGCGUGAAGGAAGCACUCCUUACAUGCCUCCCCAACUAAUCCACAUGAGCCAUCACUACCCAGAUGAUUUCAGUGAAAUGGAGAAUGGGCGGCCAUAUAACAUUUAUGGCAGAAGUGCUUCAUUUUCUGGAGUUGCAGGCUCUCGUCAAAACAUUAUCAGUCAUGGAAUGAGAGGCCAAAGUCGUGAUAAUCGUGUGACUCUCAGAGGAGGCCGUAUCUCACCACAUCAAUGGCACUACCAGUACAAUCAAUCUAUGAUGGCUAUGGUGACACCACAGAUCCACACCAAAUCAACACAUUCCAUUGACACUGUUCAAGAAGUGACAUCAGAAGCUGAGGAGGAAGCUCGAAACAGCCCCUCAGUAGCCAGACACGAGAAACAAGAACUGUCACAGACAACCACAGCCCGCUCCCUUCAGCCUUCCCAGGAGCCAAUACACCCAGUCGAGAGGCAAAGGUCUUUUUCUUGCUCUCAGCAUAUGCUGCGGCAUUAUAAUAUUAGCCCUGUGCCGGCCAUCCAACAGCCAGCACCCUUUGGAAUUUCUACCUCCACACCUCUAAAAUCAAAUCUUAAGGAAAAAACAGCACUCCCUUCUGAACUUCCAAAGCAAAGACAGAAAAGCUCUGGCCUACAGAACAAUGAUAACAUCAGCUCUCUCAACAAUGUCUGUGAAGGUGGGGUCAGCGUGAAGUAACCUGCUGGUACCGAUCAGCUCAUGAUACCAUGUAAAUAGAAAUCAGCGCUGGGACUCUGGCCUUUUUCCUCAUAGCAGACUUAAUUCAGAAACAUUUCUCACCUUUCAGGUUUCACUGAAUGAACUGUUCACCAUACUGCUGUAGAGUCACUGUUACUUAAUUUGUGUAUAAGAAUGACCUCUACAUAUGUUCUUUUAAUAAUUUAUUAAAAUUAUUUAAUGACAU